AUGGACCUUUUGACGUAUGAUGAGUAUUCGCGACAUCUUGUGCAUAGUCAUGCACACGAGGGCGACAUUCCUGGAAGCGUGUAUCUGAAAGCUGAGGACGGUGAUGACACGAAGGGUACUUAUGGUCAAGCUAUCUUCCCUAUUCCGUCUGAUGACCCAAAUGAUCCAUUACAAUGGAACAAUACCAAGAAGACGAUUAUUCUCAUUAUCUGCUGCCUAUAUUCCUUUAUCAGCAACAGCGCGACGCUUGGCCCGUCAGUGUACAUCGGCAUUUGGGCAGAGGAGUUCUCAGUCAGUCCAUCGACCUCAUCCGGACUCCUCUCUUAUCCCAACCUUGCCUAUGGCUUUGGAAGUCUGUUUCUUGUUCCGUUGUACCUGAAGAUUGGGCGUCGACCAGUUAUGCUCGGCUCCCUCGUUGUGUUCCUCGCCGGACUUAUUGCAGCAUCGCAAUGCACAACUUUCAACAGCCUAAUGAUCUCGCGAGUCAUCCACGCGUUUGCAUCUGGCGUUGUGAGGCGCUUCCAGUUCAGCUGGUUAACGACAUAUUCUUCUUGCACGAGCGUGGCAAGCGCAUUGGUCUCUCUGUGUAUGGGUGCCACCGGUCCGCUCUAUGCCGGCUACAUGCUUGCCGGCUACAUGCUUGCCGGUGGAUACUCCUGGCGCCUGUACUUCUACGUCGAGAUUGCUUUUGCCGGUGCACUGUUACUUGCCGCGUUCUUCUUUGUGGAAGAGAGCGCUUACAAGCGAGCUACACCACAGGAAGACCACGCUGAGAAACCGAACAACGGCACGGUCGAUAGCCCUACAAAAGAGAAGCCGGGCGAUACCAUCCAUUCUGUCGCUGUUCCUAUGCGAAAGAGCUUCCUCCAGACGCUUAAUCCUUGGAGCUCGAUCGACCACGAAGUAUCCUUCUUGAUGACGAUGAUCCGUCCGUUCACGUAUUUCGUGGUGCCUGCUGUCUUUUGGGUUAUAACAACUUACGGGAUCUGCAUCGGACUCGGCGCGGUUACCUUCAACUACACAUUCCCUCUCAAGAUCACGGCGCCUCCAUACAAUUGGAGCGAAACCAACUCUGGUCUCAUCGCCGUAGCGUCCAUUAUUGGCUACUCUCUUGCCACACUGUUCGCUUCCUCCUCCGACGCCGUCGCACCUUAUCUGACCCGCAAGAACGACGGUGUCCGCGAAGCAGAGAUGCGACUCUCUGUGAUGUUACCAGCAAUGCUCAUCGCACCGGCCGGGCUAGUCUUGCGUGGCAAUGGAGACAUGGGGUUCCUACUUCUAUUUCUCGUUUACGCUCACUCGAUCGAUUCCUACUAUGCGAACACGAGCGAGAUGCUGAUUGCCAUGAACCUCGGAAAACAAGCGAUCGCCUUCGGUAUGGCGAUCUACCUUCUUGACUGGAUCCUGCAGUACGGGUUUGCAGUGAUGAUCGCGGGCGUAUUCACGGGUCUCCUACUGGCGAAUAACCUGCUGUUGCUCGUCUUCAUGAUUUGGGGCAAGCGUAUCCGUGUGUGGACGUCCAAAACGUGGCUCGCACAAGUACACAAGAGCACCAUCACUCAAGUUAUGGGGCAUUGA